AUGACAACCUUGUCUCCAAAUCAUACCCGUGGCAAAUUAACCGACGAGUGGAAUCGAAGACCGAUGGACGAUCGUCGAGAAAAAUCGUCUCACACGGCAACUCUGACGGAGAAUAAUUGGAAUAAAGAAAUGUAUCCCAAUUCGGUACGUUACGCUAAGAGUACGAAUAACUACGAGCAGGAGUAUACCAACGAGCGCGAUAUCCAAUUUCCUGAAGAGAGAUCUUCCGUCGAGACUGUCACCGAGUUGGAGGAAACUGCCACUAAUAAGAAUAACGUACAGUUUCAUCGUUAUCCAGAAGAAACGACUUACGCCAAACCCUUGCCGAAACAUAAUACCGCUCUUCACGAGAAAUAUCAACGAUUCAACGAUUACUCGGAGUAUCGGAUGCCAGAGGCGCUGAGCGCGAUGCAAAAAUUGCAAAAGCUGAAGGAGCUGCAGAUGAAACGGGACAUAAGCGAGAGAUACUACACCCAAGAGAUCAAACGAUUGAUAGGGGAAUAUUAUUUCGGCCCGAAAAUUACAUCCCCGUCCGUUAGAUCCGCCGGAAGAUUGCAAAGUUCCAGCUUCCAUCCGUCUUCGGCAGAUCGACUGAAACACAAUCUGGAACCGUGCGGCACAAUGACGACGAUCACGCGGUUGGAUUGCGGCUGUAUCCAGGAGACGACGAGGCCAAUUUUCACGACGACGAAGGGCCGCGUCCAAAGGAGGAAUUGCACUCUAUCCCAGGAGGAGAAGCUUCUCAAGUUGAUCUCGUUGAAUCCGCAGGAGCACCUGUUUCCCUCGUUGGAACAAGCGAAGGAUAGAUAUCGCAUGAAAUCGAAGAAACGAUUGAAUCCCCGAUCUCAUCCGAAAAUUCCUCCCGCCGGUGAUCAAGAAUUCGAGGUGGAGAACGAGAAAAAGGUGGAGGAGCCGGAAUCAGAGAUUAUCGAGCACGUAUCGAGAGUAUCUCCCCAACGAAAAUUCAGCGACACUUCGGCUACUUCUUAUUAG